AUGGAGUUACCAAAUGCAAAAUCAGCGCUUCCCAGCAAAGAAUAUCCAGGCCCACAGCUUCCAGGAACAACUCACGGCUCCAUACCUUCUCGCCACCAACAAGAAUCCGCAGCAGCUCAACGUGCCAGAGAAUCACUCAGAAUCAACAACCGAAUCUUCAAAGGAUACAUCAACACUGAACUCAUCCGAUGUUGUGCACUCCUCACAACCUCCGAGUACGAACGAGCUUUAGGUCACGUGGAAAAUGCUUCAUUUCUUGCAGAGGAACAGAAUUUUUUCUAUGAGAUUAGCAAAUGCUAUUUGUAUCGAGGAUUGUGUUUUAUGGGGAUGCAAAGGUGGAAAGAGGCGAGGGUUGCGUUGGUGAGGGGGGUUAAUGUUAGGGGAUGGGGUGGAAAGGUGGAGGGGUUGAUGAGGGAGGCUCAGAUGAGGAUUGAUGAGGAGAGGAAGAGGAAAUAG